UUGAGUUGUGUGUAAGGGAGGGUCUGUGGGUCUCCUCCUCUAUAGAGAAUAACUGACAGCCAGGGGCACUGCCUGCCAUGUCAGCUGUUGCCACACUCAGGAGGCAGGACACUCACUGGCAGAUGGAGCCUGGACUUGGAGCCAUCAGACCUGGACCAGCAUGAAUGCUCUGUCACUUGGUGCCUGCCGACCUCGUUCAGCUGGUCUUGGGACUUCUGUGAAUGCCAAAUGAGAGGCUGUGCCCCCAAAUCUCUUGUAAAAGCCUAAAGCUUCAUGCAGUAGAGAAAAGGGGGCAGAUACCAGCACCGGAGUUCCCGACCCCUUUUCUUCCUGGAAGGAGAGAAGGGGUGGGCUUUUCACCAGUCCUCAGAAGGAUCAGGCUGCGGCAGCCCGGCGCCUGACGAGUGAGGGGGAACCUGCCAGGGGAUUACUGCCAGCACCAGCUAACGGCAGGGCUAGACCUCAGCGGAGUGGGGAUGGGCAGAGCCGUGUUCCAGCGGGGGCCAGCAGCACCAGGAAGGAGACCCAGACCCUGGCAAGGAGCUCACCACAUGCUUGGCUGACCUAGAUGGUGAUGGAAACAGCACUGUGCUGAGUGGCAGCAGAGGGACAGGAGCUGUGCAACCACGGCAACUGCAGGAGGGCCAGCACCUCAGAUGGGAAAGCGGAAGAGCAGAACCUAACACAAGGAGGGGUUUGGUCUCUGUAGCAGAGUGUUUUAUGCUUGAGCAUGACAGGUUACUUCUUUCAGGGCUGAGAACUGCUUCCCUUCCUCUGGCGGAGAUUGGACCUAGAAGAUCAACUGAGGUGACAGCAACUCUUGCAUGGAAUCCAGAUCUCUUGAAGUUCGUGUGCUGUCUGCUGUGAUAGGCGCUCAAGGGCUUCCCUGCUGCUGGGGACGAGGGGCUGCCUCAGCAUCUGCUCAUGAGCCACAAGGACUCUGACUGCUCCAGACUGGACCAUUUCAAGCUGCCAAAGAGUGGGGCUCCUAGAGCUGGCAGCCAGCAACCCCAAGGGACGAGGAGGCUGGGAUGGACUGACAUCCCCCUCUCCAGGGUAGCAAGGAAGGGAGAGCAUCUGUGGCCCAGCUAGUGACCAAGAGAGACCCCAGGAAGCUGUAAGUGGGAACCUAGGAGGCCCAGGGAUGGAGAGCCACUGCUGCCAACAGGUUUUCUCUUGACCUUGAAAGAGGGAGUGGUGUGAGCCCCUUGCCGCUGUCCCCUCAGCAGCAGCACAAGCCCUUAUGCCCUUUGCACGUGGUGCCAGAGCAGGCAGGCAACACCGUGGCUGGUCCAUCAGCUGGCCAGGAGAGGAGUGGCCACGGUGACACCCACCUGCCUGCCAGACUGGUGGUCAGCCCUCUGGCGCGUCACACCAUGAAGUGCUCCCUGCGGGUGUGGUUCCUCUCUGUGGCCUUCCUCUUGGUGUUCAUCAUGUCGCUGCUCUUCACCUACUCCCAUCACAGCAUGGCUACGCUGCCCUACCUGGACUCGGGGGCCCUGGGCGGGACCCACCGGGUGAAGUUGGUCCCAGGCUAUGCAGGCCUGCAGCGCCUCAACAAGGAGGGCCUCACCAGCAAGAGCUGUGCCUGCCACCGCUGCAAGGAUGAUGCAAGCGCCUCUGACUGGUUUGACAGCCACUUUGAUGGCAACAUUUCCCCUGUCUGGACCCGAGAGAACAUGGAUCUGCCAGCAGAUGUGCAGAGGUGGUGGAUGAUGUUGCAACCCCAGUUCAAAUCACACAACACCAAUGAGGUACUGGAGAAACUGUUCCAGAUAGUUCCUGGCGAGAACCCCUACCGUUUCCGGGACCCUCACCAGUGCCGGCGCUGUGCUGUAGUGGGGAACUCUGGCAAUCUGCGGGGCUCUGGCUAUGGGCCAGAUGUGGAUGGACACAACUUCAUCAUGAGGAUGAAUCAGGCACCAACUGUGGGCUUUGAGCAGGAUGUUGGCAGCCGAACAACCCACCAUUUCAUGUACCCCGAGAGUGCAAAGAACCUGCCUGCCAACGUCAGCUUCGUGCUAGUGCCCUUCAAGGCCCUGGACCUCCUGUGGAUCGCAAGUGCCCUUUCCACAGGGCAGAUCCGAUUCACCUAUGCCCCAGUGAAAUCCUUCCUUCGAGUAGACAAAGAAAAGGUCCAGAUCUACAACCCAGCCUUCUUCAAGUACAUCCACGACAGGUGGACCGAGCAUCAUGGACGGUACCCUUCCACAGGGAUGCUGGUGCUUUUCUUUGCCCUGCAUGUGUGUGAUGAGGUGAACGUGUACGGGUUCGGGGCUGACAGCCGGGGCAACUGGCACCACUACUGGGAGAACAACCGGUAUGCGGGCGAGUUCCGGAAGACAGGAGUGCACGACGCCGACUUCGAGGCCCACAUCAUUGACAUGCUGGCCAAGGCCAGCAAGAUCGAGGUCUACCGGGGCAACUGAUGCCAACUUGACCGCUACACUUCCGUCCCAGCCACGAGGCGCGGGACUCAGAACCUGGCUCGGGCUUCGACCUCGACGGUGAGAAGCUCUCGGCUGCCGGGUGAGAUGCCGGCGGUGAUCUGGACAAAUCCCGCUGCAGCCCCGAGAGCGGCACCAAUCAUGAGACCCUGGGGGCCUGACCAGAGUUUGGCACCAAUCAGUGCUGCAGUUGGGCGGAGUCUUUGUUUCCUCCAACCAAUCAUGAGACUCAAGGAGAACUUCCGGCUUGGAAUCCGGCCUCCUCCAAUCAAUGGCCUUCGGAGGCGGGCCAGCGGCCGCCCACUCCCCAUUCCCCUUUGCUUUUGGGUAGCAUUUUCUUUAUUGGAUUUUGAAGAGUAGCGUUUGAUUCCCACCCUUUGGGAAGUGCGGUCCUCAGGCUGGGCAGGAGGAGCCUCAGUUGCUUGCCGAGGGACACCAGAAGGAAGCAGCGGGGAAGGAUCAUGGCAGCGACAGCUCGGCUUCACUUCCCGAGGUGGGGUGGUGGUGGCUAGGUGGCUUCCUGAGAGCGAGCUUUACUCCCGGGGGGAAGCCAGCGCCCUCAAAUCACUCCAGGCCUGCAAGAGAAUCAGACCCCACCUUCCCUUUCUAGAUCAGGCCGAGCAUAGGUGAGUGUGAACCCACCAAAGAAAUGCAGUGAGAAUCUAGAGGGCGCAUUGAGUCCCUCCCUCUUCCCCCCUUGGCCACCCUAUGGAAUGGCCUUUCUGACCAGGGCAUUUUGUGUCUCACCUGAGAACUAGAAUUGUAUUCACCCCAUGCCUGGGGGCAGCAUUCUCCUAACUCUUGAAAACAGGUGUAAGGGGCAGGUCGGGGGGGGGGGCAAGGAAGCCCCCUCACAUCAAAUGUAAGGUGCUUCUCCCUCACGUGGACCCAUGGCCCCUACUGUUCAACACAACCAACCUUUUUUUUUUUUUUUUUUUUUUUUUAAGUUAGUCUCUCCCCUUAGGCCUUGGGCCUUCUCACCAGCUUACUUGUUCUGGAGGGAGAAAAAAAAAAAAAACCUUUGCCCUGAAAUCAGGCACUGCUGCUUUCUCUCUUUCGCUCUCCCUUCUUGCUGUCAUACACAAACACAAACACACAUUUAUUGGCUCUAGAAGGGUGAGCAGCAUGUGGGUAAGGAGGCUGGAGAUGAGUGCCCAGCUGCCCGGUGCAUGCAACUUUUUCUCCCAUCACCCCAAAGAGGAAUAGGAAAUCUCUUGCUUGGGGGUGGAAUUUGCUUUGGGCUCAUUUAGUUAAGUUGCUGGGUGUGGUUGAUCAACAAAGAUUCUUCUCAAACUUUAUGCUGGCCCUGCAAGUAACGGGAGCCUGGCUGGGGAGUAGACUUGCCCCUGCAUGCCUCCUCUUUGCCCACGUGCCCCCUGCCCCACAUUCACCUCCUUCCCUCUAGUCCACUUUCCAAUUCCAGUUCUAUCAGGGCUGUGAAGCUUAACAACCAGGAGUUACAACUGGAAGCCGCUUGCAUGACUGGACGCAUCUUAAGUCCCUCAAGGAAGCUGCUGACCGUAUUCUCACCCUUUAAGGCUGGGGAAGUUUAGGAAGAAGAGGGCUUCUGUGAAGCUUCCAAACAGUGAUGAACACAAAUAUUACCCUUUUACUUAGUGAGUUGACACCACUAUGCAGCCUCCUGGUCAUUGGUAUAGUUCCUGCAGCUGGCUGGGGGAACAGUAACCAGAUGGGAGUAUAUUAGAGGAGGAUUGGAGUGGGGUGGUGGACACCCCUCAAAAUUAAUAUAUUGAGAACUUAGCUUGAGUCUGUUCCCAGUUUCAAAAAUAAGAUUAAAGAAUGAGAGUGGGUUUGGGGGAUCCUUAGUGAAAUAUCCCUCUUGGAUCUCCCCUCACCAUGUCAAGGCACCGGCCAUUCUUGCCAGUCUCAUCUCAGUGCUUCCUGAAGAGACUGUUUUGAGUGUUUAGAUGAUAAAACAAUGCAAUUAUGCCAAACAGUAUUGACAGAAUAAUUUAUUUCAUUUGUAUUCCUUUUCAUUUUGUUUCUGUUUAAACCAUUAAUAAAUCCCCAUUCUGGAAGAGGUAGGUCCCAGCAUCCAGCUCCAAUAUCCUUUUCUGCAAUAGUUAUUUAAACAUUUUUUAAAAAGUUUCUUCCUUUUUUCUGAAAUAAAAAGAAAAAAAAAGGAAACUAUAAAGU